GAUAACUACUGAUGGUGUUCUCGUAUGAUAAAAUCCGUCACAUGCAUUUAACGCGUCACAUUUCAUUUGAUAUCACAAUGGCGAUGUGUAAUGUAACGAGAUUUGUCCUGUUGUGUCUGAUAUUUUCUGUGUCUUACCCUGAAUGCAGUAAUGCAUGCGAGUGGGGAAUGAACAUUUUAGAUUGUUGUAAACUUUACGGAGCUAAAACCUUUUUAAAGUAUGUAACCGUUACCGGACUUUGGAAAACACUCAAUCAAACAAAAGAUGCAACUAUAUUGUUACCGGCUGAUCUGGCGUUUGGACGCCUGCCACAGGAUGUGAUGUCAAACAAUAACACUAUGAGGGAGAUUCUGCUCUACCACAUAUUACCUCACUCCACUAACACCACCCAACUGGUCAACGAUCAAAUAUUGCCCUCCGAUGCUUCCGGCGGUCAAGCGGUCCGAUUCAACAAGUACUCGAAAGCAAACACAACUUUGCAGGUAAUCACGUCGUCAGGGGCGGUAAUCAUUAGGGGAGACGAAAACGCCACGAACGGUGUGAUCCACCUAUUGGACCGUGUGAUGUACCCGCUACCGAGUGGAAGUCUAUAUGAAUACAUAGCCAACACGGGGUCCUACCAAACCCUUCUGCUCCUGGCGGCAAAGGCACAACUUCUCGACACCCUUAAAGAAGGUACCUACACGUUGUUUGCCCCGAAUGAUGAAGCAUUCUCCAAGUUACCGGCCGGAGCUGUCGCUGGUCUUCUUUCAAAUAUUCCUAAAUUGAUAACGGUAUUACAAAAUCACAUUGUGUCCUCUACAAUAUACAGUGCUGGAAUUAAAGUCAUUGGGACAGGAAAGACUUUGAGCGGGGCCGAUUUUAGCGCAAAUGCAACGUCAGUGAAAUUCGGCAAUGUCACGGCCACCAUCGUUAAUGCAGACAGAUCAGCCACCAACGGCGUUCUUCAUGAGAUCGACUCGGUUCUCAUGUGAUGUAGAUAGCAAAUGACGUAAUUCGUGAAAUAAGAUAAAUGAAUCAUUUUUUUUUUGUUUUCUUGUCAUUGAAGUGGCUAUAAUAUUGCAUGUUAUGCAAGAUGUAGUAGGUUCGAGUGUGAUGCAGACAUUUGCUUAUCAUUUUCAUUCAAGAUGAUGUCAUAAUAAUGUUCACAUUUCCAAUAUACAAUUUAUAAAUAAACCCUGAUUUAUGGGAUAUGUUUGUAAGCCACUGGAUUUCAUACCUUAAUAUUUUUCGACAAUUCGUUUCAUUCCAUAGAUAUUAAACAUAACGAGGUACUGAUAUAACAUUUAUUAAUGUAGAUAUUUUGUUAAAUAUUUUUGCUUUAAGUAUGUGACAUUGUAAAUUGACACCAAAUGACGUCAUUCGACGUAAUCAUGGAAUAUGAAAUUCAAGGCGCUGUUGCUAUCGAUAUGUUAUUAUAUAAGUCAAUAUAAAUGAUAAAUGCUGUCAGAAUUGCAUUCAAUGACUGCAUUUGUCAUUAUUUCGGAUACUCAAUAGGUUAGUAAAUAUCGUGUAUUUCUUGAAUUGUCAGCAUUUUGUUCAGUUUAAAUAUAUAUAAAUUUAUAUAUUACAUGCUUGUUCAAUUAGUAAAGCAGUCAUGUUUCAUGUAAUUUCAAUGUUAUCCAACAUUGCUAUUAUGACGUCAUAACAAUAAUCAGACUUUAGCAACUACAUUGGGUUACUAAACAUAAAACAGUAAAACAUACCAUUACAAAAUAAUUAACGUUUAAAGCAAAAAUAAAAACAAUGUUCCAUCAAUAAACAUGAUUGCAUACUUUUACAAAAGAACUCAAGGUUUUAAAGGAAUUUGAAGAUGUAGAGCAAGGAGGUCUAAUGGUAUCACGAGUUUCUUAAUUAAAUAUCAGUUUCUUC